AGCAGUUGCGUCGUUAUCGUCUGUAGGGCGUCGAUCAAGCUAGCUAAUCAAGAGCUAAAGCUAAGAAGAUAUAACAUUAGUUGUCUUUCAUAAUCCUUCAUAGGUUACUUUAAUAUUAUUGAAUACCACUCAGAAAAUAUUAAAUCCAUAGUUCGUAAAUAAUUUAACUUUUUUAUUGGGAUGAAUACUUAAUGUAUACGCUGUAUACAAAAAUAGCGCGCUUCUUACAUCCACUGCGCACCAAACACGCGUGUCGAAAAAUGGUCUGCAAGAGUGCAAGGCCAUUUGCAGGACUGUAUGACCGUGGCAGGACUGCAGUUUGAAGUAAUGUGUCAUUGAGUAGAAUCAAUAAGAAAAAUCAUGUUGUACCACAAUAUCUGAAACUUCUAUAGGAUUUACGGUUACAUAAUCUUUUUUAAAAGCAUGGAUACAAAUGACAUCUUCUGGAAGCUGACUCGAGGUGUCCGCUUUGGAGGUAAAGUUCGCCAAGGGUAUAGCAAAAGCUCAGAUGGAGUGCCCAGUAAACUACUGCUGUCACCUGGAAGCACCAUAGAAGCCACACAGGAGGAGAGCAGUAAAAAGCGAAAGCUAUCUACAUCAUCGGAUGAAGAUGAAGAGCAAGAUUGCACUGUCAAGCAGAGCAGAAAAGCUGCAAAGGCUGGAAAGCAGCCUCCAUCAGUGGUUGACCCACUAACUGCCACAGAACAGCUACGGAAGCAGCACCGACUGCACGUGCAGGGCUCUGACGUGCCAGCGCCGGCGGCCACUUUUGACGAGCUCAGCGGUCGACUGGGUGUGCGGACACAGAUUGUGGACAACCUGCGGGCGGCUGGCUACUUCGAGCCGACGCCUGUGCAGAUGCAGGCGGUGCCCGUGAUGCUGGAGCGUCGCGAGCUGCUCGCCUGCGCGCCGACCGGCAGCGGAAAGACGGCCGCCUACCUGGUGCCGGUACUGCAGCACCUCCGCGAGCCGAGGAACGCCGGCUGCCGCGCUCUCAUCCUGGCGCCCAGCCGAGAGCUGGCCAGGCAGAUCGCCCUGGAGGCCUCGCGACUGGCCACCGGCACCGGUCUGCGCGUGCGCUGUCUGGACAAGGCGAAGCGCGCCGCCGACGGCACGCCGCGGCCCGUCUCGCAGAAGUACGAUCUGCUGGUAAGCACGCCGAACCGUCUGAUCUACCUGCUUGACGCCGAGCCUCCGCUGGUCAGUCUCCGCACCGUCGAGUGGCUGGUCGUCGACGAGUCAGACAAGCUGUUCGAGGCGGGCGAGCGUGGCUUCCGGGAGCAGCUGGGGCGCAUCUACUCGGCGUGCGACUCGGCCCAGGUGCGGCGAGCGCUCUUCUCGGCCACCUUCGCCCACGAUGUGGACCAGUGGUGUCGCCUGAACUUGGACAACGUCGUCACCGUGUCGGUCGGCCAAAAGAACACCGCCAGCGACGUCGUGGAGCAGGAGCUGGUGUUCGUCGGCAGUGAGUCGGGCAAGCUGUACGCCUUCCGCAACAUCAUGCAGAAGGGACUGACAACUCCGUGCAUCAUCUUCGUGCAGACCAAGGAGCGGGCGAAGGAGCUGUUCCGCGAGCUGAUCUACGACGGUGUGAUGGUGGAUGUGAUUCACGCAGACCGGACGCAGCUGCAGAGAGACAACGUGGUCAAGGCGUUCCGCGCCGGCCGCGUGUGGGUGCUCAUCUGCACGGAGCUGAUGGGCCGCGGUAUCGACUUCAAGGGCGUCAACCUUGUGAUCAACUACGACAUGCCGCCGAGCACCACUAGCUACAUCCACCGGAUUGGCCGCACAGGUCGCGCCGGCCGGCCCGGCAAGGCCGUGUCCUUCUUCACCACCAAAGACGUGCCAAACAUGCGUCAGAUCGCGCACCUGGUGAAAAACUCUGGCUGCGAGGUGCCCGACUACCUGUUGCAGGUGCCGCGCAAGAGCAAGAAGGACCGCCGCGAGCUAGCUGUUCACCCGAUUCGACGUGAGACCAUCGAUACCACGCCCAAGUAUGAUCGCGACAGGAUAGCUCGCAUCAAGGCGCUGAAAAAAGCACAGGACAAGCAGAAGCCCUCCUCUACUGAAAAUGGAGGCCAGGGAGGCGGUGUUGUGACAGUCAAGCAGAAGAAAAAGGGAAAGAAGCUCAAGGGAAGCGUGAAGGUCGGAAUGAAAAAGAGCAAGAUAGGUAAGAAAGGGAAGGCAAAAGUGAUUGGCAGUGGAAGCAUGUCUGCUGAUGGAAAGUGUUCGGGGAAAUCGAAGAAGGGGAAUAGAUUGAAAGCAAAUAAGACGGCGAAGGUAACUGACUAGGGCUGUUCAGUGUCCGGUGCAUCGUCUUUUCAUACAAUACAUCUACUUGAAUCA